GCUGGGAGCGGCCGCACCUGCCCGGCCGGCACUCGGCGCUGCAGCGCGCACGGAGCGAAGCGAAGCGACCCUCGGCCCGCACCGACUUGCCGCCUCCUGCCCCAUGGGGCCGCCGCGGGGCCGCCUGCCCGGGCUCUGCCUCCUGCUGCUGCUGCAGGCUGGCCGGUGGUUUUGUGAAGAGGUGUCGCAGUGCCAGCCAGGUUUCGGCUCGGAGAGCUACACCUUCCCUGUCUCCCAGCGGGAUCUGGAAACUGGCCGAGUGCUGGGCAAAGUGAGCUUCGAGGGCUGCGCAGGAAGGAACCGGACGGCAUACCUGUCAGAUGACACGCACUUCAAAGUGCACACGGAUGGAGUCGUCUCAGUCAAACGUCGCCUCCAUCUCCACGGGCACAAAAAGAGCUUCUUCAUCCAUGCCUGGGACUCUGCCAGCAAGAAGCACUCUGCCAAGGUUACCGUGAAGAGAGAGGGGCACGGGCACCACCACCACCAGCACAUGGACUCCCCCGCCAAUGCUCAGGCAGACAUACUCAUCUUCCCAGAGUCCCGCCCUGGCCGGAAGAGGCAGAAGAGAGACUGGGUCAUCCCUCCAAUCAACUGCCCUGAGAAUGAGAGGGGGCCCUUCCCUAAGUCGCUGGUUCAGAUAAAAUCCAACAGGGACAAAGAGAUCCAGGUUUUCUACAGCAUCACGGGGCAGGGCGCAGACACCCCCCCUGUGGGCGUCUUCAUCAUCGAAAGGGAGACGGGGUGGCUGAAGGUGACACAGCCGCUGGACAGAGAGGACAUCAGCCACUACACGCUCUAUUCCCACGCUGUGUCUGCGAAUGGGCAGCCCGUGGAGGACCCCAUGGAGAUCAUCAUCACCGUGAGCGACCAGAACGACAACAAACCCCAGUUCACCCAGAGCGUCUUCACAGGCUCCGUAGGAGAAGGAGCCAAGCCAGGUACCUCCGUGAUGCAAGUGACAGCCACAGAUGCAGACGACAGUGUAAACACCUACAAUGGGGUCAUUGCUUACUCCAUCCUGCAGCAGAUACCAGAACAACCCCACAGAGGGAUGUUCGCCAUCAACAAUGAGACUGGCGUCAUCGGUGUGAUCGGAACUGGGCUGGACAGAGAGACGACCCCCAACUACACGCUGAUUGUCCAGGCUGCCGACUUAGAAGGCAGAGGCUUUACUACCUCAGCUACAGCAAUGAUUGAAGUCAUAGACACCAACGAUAAUGCUCCAGUGUUCGAUCCACUCACGUACCAAGCCACGGUGCCUGAGAACGAAGUGGGGGUGCUGGUUGACAGGCUGCAUGUGACGGACAGGGACAAGCGGGGCUCUCCGGCCUGGCAGGCGAGGUAUGAGAUCGUGAAAGGGAACGAAGAGGGCUUUUUCACCAUAACCACCGACCCCACCAACAACGACGGGAUCCUGAAAACUGCCCAGGGCCUGGAUUUUGAGGUGCAAAAGCAGUUCAUCCUCCACGUUGCUGCAACAAACGACGUUGAUUUCUCAGUGCCUCUCCCGACUUCCACAGCCACCGUCACUGUGAACGUUGAGGAUGUGAACGAAGCCCCAGUCUUUGAUCCGCCUAUCAAAAGCGCAGCGGUCUCAGAGGACUUGCCUGUGGGACAGCAAGUCACCUCCUACACGGCCCGGGACCCAGAUAAGAGCCAGAUGCAGAAAAUCACGUACAGCAUGGGGAGUGACCCUGGAGAGUGGCUGGCUAUUGACGCCCAAAAUGGCAUCAUCACCGCAAAACACCCUCUGGACAGGGAGUCGAGCUUCGUAGUCAACAACAUCUACAAGGCCAUAGUCCUGGCUGUCGACUCAGGGACGCCAUCGGCCACGGGCACGGGGACCUUGCUGCUGACCCUCGAGGAUGUGAAUGACAACGGGCCAGUGCCAGAUCCGCGGGAAUUUUACAUCUGCAAUCAGAACCCAAUGGUCCAGUUGUUAAAUAUUGUGGACCUGGACCUUCCCCCGAACACCGGCCCCUUCAAGGUGGACCUGCUGCACGGCUCCGGCUCCAACUGGACAGCAACUAUGAACGCCCAGGGAGACAGCCUGACCUUAAAGCUUACCAAAUACCUGGAGCCAGGAGAAUACAGCAUCAUCCUGCAGCUGGUGGACAACCAGGGUAAAGCCCAGGUGACAACUGUCAAAGCCAGUGUGUGCGACUGUGACGGGGAAGCCAGGAACUGCGAGAAGAGAGCAGCCAUCGCCGGCGGCCUGGGGAUCCCGGCCAUCCUGGGGAUUCUGGGUGGAAUCCUUGCCUUGCUGAUCCUGCUGCUGCUGCUGCUGCUCUUCGUGCGGCGGAGGAAGGUGGUGAAGGAGCCCUUGCUGCUCCCCGAGGACGACACCCGGGACAACGUCUAUCACUACGACGAGGAGGGCGGUGGGGAGGAAGACCAGGACUACGACCUGAGCCAGCUGCACCGCGGCCUGGAUGCGCGGCCUGAGGUCACCCGCAACGACGUCGUCCCGACUCUCAUGCCAGCCCCGCAGUACCGGCCACGCCCCACCAACCCUGACGAGAUCGGCAACUUCAUCGAUGAGAACCUGAAGGCGGCCGACACUGACCCCACCGCCCCGCCGUACGACUCCCUGCUGGUGUUUGACUACGAGGGCAGCGGCUCCGAGGCAGCCUCGCUCAGCUCCCUCAACUCCUCCGCCUCCGACCAGGACCAGGACUACGACUACCUGAACGACUGGGGCGGCCGCUUCAGGAAGCUGGCGGACAUGUACGGCGGGGGCGAGGAUGAGGAGUAGGUGCCGCCUGUGUGUUCGGGCUGCAGCCGGGCGACAUGUGUGAGAAAUGUCGCUGUGGCCCGUUCAACACAGACCAGCAAGGUCGCUGCUCUUCCCGAGUGGGCUGGAUGGCUGAAAUUCCCUUUCCUUAGCAGACAAUAGCACUACAUAAAUCUGUCGUCCUCGCAGUCCUGGCUCAGUUUCUUCAGCCCCGGUCGUUCAGCCAUGGAUAGCCAGUGCUUUCCAGGUUAAUGGGGGUGGGGGGGAUUCUGUUUCAGAUUUCGGUCAACCAAGGGCCUUGGUGGCAGCCUGCCCGGAGUGCGAGGCUUCUCCCCAGAACACACUGCACUUUGACAGCUUCGCUGUAGGGGCUGCAGGUCCCAUUGUGCUCAAGGCGGAGCAACGCACACUGGGAUCGACAGCCUCCACAGACUGACGGUUUCUAGGAGAGGGCAGACCUGGGCUGCUCUCUAGAAGCAGAGGCCACAGCCCAGUUCUGUUUCCUCUCGUGCGGCUGGGGAGAUCCUGGCUGCUGUUACUUCCCCCAGACAGCCAGGCCCUUCCACUUCCCUGUGCCCACGUGGGUGAGCACUCACAUGCACCUGCAAAAUGGCCUAGUCUUGCUGCUUUGCGGCACACUGGGCAAGGGGUGCCCGGAGAAUGCACUCACGCCAGUCUGGUGCUGUGCAGCAAUGUCUUCACCUGCCCUGCAUUUCUUGCUGCAAGCCUCCCAGGACAGGGGCCUGCUAACUUCUGGGGGCUCCUAUCUUCCAGCGGUGUUAUUAAAAGGUACCCGUUUCCCCGGUGCUCUCAGAAUACCUCAUUCUGAAUACAGGAAGCCUAGUGGGAAACUCCCCUCCACCAGCGUGUGGGAUUUGUUCACGUUUUCACGCCUCCCAUUGUGUGGCUCGGUGCUGCGUGUGCCCACGGAGUGGGUGUGUUCUACAAAGUAGAUUCUGAAGAGCAAGCGUGAAGUAGCCUUUCUCAGUAAUUGUGGUGACCCGCUACCGCUGGGCCAGUCUGGAACACAGCCAAAUUGCAGGGGACUUUGCCAGAGAUAUUUUUUAUUGAAUUUUCAGAUGCCACUUAUUUUUUAUUAUUAUUGUUACCCUUAAACAAGAGCUGCACUUUGAUACGUUUAGCACUGUGCCAACCCAAAGACCAAAGAUGAGGGUAGCCCUCUUACUAAGCAAUCAGUCAUGGGAGAUAUGGGGGCGAGCCCCCAGGAAAUCCUCAGGGAACGGACAGCAGAUUCACACCCUUUCCUGGAAAGGAACCCCAGGACUCACUUCGGGAGCUCUGCUGGCAAGUGCCCAAAUACCUUUGUAUGCUGGUUUUAAUGAAUCCAGCUCGUCCCUGUCCGUGCGUUCAUGUGCUCCGAAAGUAGUGAUAAUUUGUGUCUGUGCGCUGCAGUAGUGACUUUCCAUUUCUCUAAAUAGAGUUCAGUCUUCCCCGCCCCCUAUACUUUGUCAUGCACUCCUUACCCCUCCCAAAAAACUGGCUUAUAAACCAACUCUUAAGUCUGUCCUCUGCCGACUGGAGGUGUGACUCUGAGGAAGUGUCACAGGACGUUAGUGCCUAGUACACUUGGGGCUCUGUAUAAAUAAAUGCAACGUCUAAAGCCUGACUGUCAGCCAGUUUGAGGCUGUAUUUUUGUAUAAAGUUCAUUCAUAUUUCUGAAUAGGGGGGAGAGGAUCUAUAAAAUUACCAGCCAAUACCAUGCCAUGUUCUUUUCACAUAGUAUUUAGCAGGAUGUCUUAUUUGAUUUAAUAGCUAUAGGCUGAUUUAUAUUUUUCCAUUGUGACUACUUCCUUCGGUGCGUUGUCUAAUCUCUAAUGUAUGCAGUGUAAUUACUGUGCAAUGGAGCUUUAAAAAAACCCAAAUGGCUUUAUGCCUGCCUUGGUACUUGUACCUUUCUGUGACGGGAAUGGUGGGAUCCAAAGGAAGCUCAGAGAACAGCAAUAGCUUUGUGUUAAUCUGACGUUUUUAUAACAUUUUAAUAAAUUUGUUUUUAAAAAAUACUUUUCUCUUUGAAUGUUAAGGCUAAAAAUCUCUGCACGGGUUUUGCUGCCCUUAGCUCAUUGAGCAUAUCCUCUAGUUCAGUGCUUCUCAAACUUUUUUUCCACCGACCACUUGAAAAUUGCUGAGGGUCUCGGCAGACCAUUAAUGAUCUUUCCAAAUAUUGUUUGUACUGUGAGCUAACGAUU